AUGUACGUGCACCGAGGCAAUCACCAACGCGUAGGCGAGCACAAACUCGCGCCGCGUGCAGAGCCAUUGAUCUUCUGUGGGUAUAAUCCAACCUCUAAAGGUUACUAUGCGUACAACCCUGACACACGCCUUGUGCAAACAGCUACGGACGUGGUCUUUGUUGAGGAUCACUUUCCACUGAGCGGCGGCUCUUUGAGCGGAGCAGCUCCACCAAAUCCAGACCACAAUGACGACGGGCCUCCUCCGCUUGAGGCUGCGCUCCACAUUCCUGCGCCAGUCCACGCCGACUCCGACUCCUCGACACCGGCGGAAGAGGCAACGCAACCCAACGCUGGAGCAACACGACGCAGCACCCGCGCACACAAGCCAGUGUCUCGCCCAGACUAUGUGCUCAGCCUUCCUGCGUGCGCGCAGCCGUCCACUUUCCCUGAACAACUUGUUUACGGCCUCGCCGCACAGUACGGCAUCUCUAGCCUGCCUAAUAACUAUUGCCAGGCCUUGGCCUCGCCUGAUUGCGACCGCUGGGUAGAAGCCAUGACAAGCGAGCUCAAUUCUCACGCCCACCUACACACCUUUACCCCUGUGCCGAAGCCGCCUGGAGUCAAAGUCAUUCAUAGCCGUUGGGUAUACACGUGGAAAGUGGAUGAGCAUGGUAACAUUGUCCGCUUCAAGGCACGUAUCGUUGCUCGAGGCGACCAGCAAUCUGCCAACGCUGCCAAUACGUAUGCGCCAGUUGCGAGCAUGGCAUCAUGGCGCGUCCUUGCAUCCAUUGCCACGCACCUCAAUUGGCCAAUCCACCAGACGGACUUCGACACAGCAUAUCUGAACGCGGAACGUAGCGGCGACCCAGUCUACAUGCAUCCUCCGGAUGGCAUGGAGGGAAUUGCUCCUGGUCACGUCCUCCGCAUCGACAUGGCUCUGUACGGGCUCCGUACGUCUGCCCUUGACUGGCUCCAAUGUCUCGUCAAUGCUCUGCUUUCGGUGGAGUUUUGACGCUCUUCCAUCGACCAAUGCCUUUUUGUGCGCACACGUCUUGGCAAGCAGACAUUCAUUGUUGUACACGUUGACAAUGCCCUUAUCACGGCGUCCACCGUUGCUGAGAUCAAUGCUGUUAAAGACGAUCUUCGCAAGUUCUUCAAACUCAAGGACAUUGGUGACGCACGACACAUUUUGGGUAUUCACAUACGUCGCGACUCCACAGGCCUGUAUCUCUGCCAGGAAUCCUACUUGCGCACAGUCUCUGAGCGCUUUCAACAAUGGCAAGGUAGCCACUGCGGCACCCCCUUGCCCCCUGGAAUCUUAUUUGAGAAAUACAAGGGGCCAAGCAUAGAAAGACCUUAUCUCCAACUUCUGGGUUCAUUGCUCUACGCCAUGAUCGCUACCAGGCCGGACCUAGCUUACUCCCUUGGCGUGCUUAGCCGCUACUCCUCCAACCCUGGGCCCGCUCACUGGACUGCGCUCCUUGGGGUUCUGCAAUACGUCCGUGACACUAGCUCUGUGUCUCUGUUCUACCGCACGAACAAGGUUGACCCGACUUUGCAGCUCUGGUGCGACUCCGAUUAUGCUGCUUGCACCGCCACAAGCAGAUCCACAUCUGGCCACCUGGCCCAACUCGGCAGCCAUGCACUAUCCUGGACUUCAAAGAGGCAGAGCCGCGUGGCCAAAUCCACAACUGAGGCCAAAUACAUUGAGUUGAGCGCGGCAUCGGCCACAGCCAUCCACUUCCGUGAGCUGCUCAAGGACAUCAAGAUGGUCGCUUUUGUUGCGCUGCCCACACCAAUUUGUUGCGACAACAAAGGAGCGGUCGCCAACAUCCGUAAUGGCAAAGACUCUUACCGCACUUGUCACGUCCGCAUUGACGAACAUUUCGUCCGCAAGUGUGUGCAACGCAAGGAGACUCAGGUGUUAUCCGCGCGCACUCGCGAUGAAGUUGCCGACAUCUUCACCAAAUCCCUUCCCCGUCCCACUUUCACCACACACUGCAAGAGCAUUGGAUUACGCAUUCCCCCACCAGGUCACCUUUAA